GGGGUGGGGCUGGAAGGAUUGUCUGCAAGUGCCGGUGGACUGGGGCUAAGAAGAGCAUGAAGGCCAUACAAGCUGUCCUGUUCUGCUCUUCCUUGGCAGUGCUGUCCCGGCCCAGCUCCUGCCAGCCUUACCUCCGGCUCAGGCCCUCCCCUAGCGACAACCUGCCUGUCAAGGACAUUAUUGAGCAUCCAGACCCGGAAUAUGACCCCAAGGAGCAAGAUCUGGAUGACCGGACUUUGAGAAAGAAGCUGGGGAGCAACUUUGACCCCAACUUCAUGUCUGUGCUGGCUCCGGCCCAGGGGAACCUCUCCAGUUCUGACCCACUGCACAGGUUCAAGGGGUUGGGGCCUUUGCCCAACGAACUGAAAAAGUUGGACCUUGGCGAGACGCCGUACGGGACCAGACUCAAGAUGGGCAAGAAGGCCCGCCGGAAGUUCCUGCAAUGGCUUUGGGCGUACACUUAUUGUCCGGUGCUGUACACCUGGAAGGACCUGGGCAUCAGGUUCUGGCCUCGUUAUAUCAAGGAAGGGAACUGUUUUGCGGAGAGGUCGUGCUCCUUCCCCGAGGGCAUGUACUGUAAGCCGGUCAAAUCGGUCACCAAGACCUUCUUGAGAUGGUACUGCCAAGGGUGGUCGAGGCAAAAAUAUUGCACCUGGAUUCCUGUACAGUACCCGGUCAUUUCAGAGUGCAAAUGCUCCUGCUAGCCGCAUCUUUGGGUGUCCUGGAUCCAAGAGACCUCACUGCCCCUGUGUGCGGAAGUGUGGAUAUGUCGCUUAGUGCCAGGAAAUCUCUACCGGAAACCACCCCAGUGCCUUGAGAUAGGGUGGAGUCAGGCACUUUUCCGUCAAUCCCAUGUCGGUCCCAUCAAGAAGGCCAAGGCAUCCUGGAGUCCUCUGACCAUCUUGUUGAAGGAUGAGACAGGUGUCAAUGACCUUGCAACCCUGAGCAGGGGCUUGGAUGAUCGAAUCAACAUGGUGGGUCUCAUGGUGAACCAUGCUCUCCUGUGAAGCGAGAGAUACAUGCAAACAUUGACACACCUUCACAAGAGACCUUGCUUAUUCAUUUCUCUGUCUUCAUGUUUUCCCCAUCCCUGCAGCCCCUUGCACUGUAUUUUUUUUUAAUUAUUUUAUUUUAUUUGAAAUGGGAAAAGCAAAACCUGAACGGAACUGCAGUGCAGGCCAGAGAAAAGCUAAGCACUACCAUAAGAUGUUUAUUUUUAUACAUAUAUAGCAUUCUAACAAAAGGAAAAUUACCAUCUUUUGUAAAUAUAGAGAAUUUAAAAGGGGGGGAAAUUCAGCUGUGUUUUUUUGUUGGUUAUUUUUAUUAUUGUUAUUAUUAAUAAUAAAAUGGUGAUGAUGCAGGACCACAUGUUGAACCCAAUCCUUUCUAAAUGGAACACUUUCCUUCAGUGAAUGGGAAGAGGAUAUUUUUUCCUAUAAAGAUGGUUUAUGAUACUGAACCCCACAAAACCAUAAAGAUAUUUAAUUUCUGUUUCCUGUACACUUUUCUUUCAUUCAUUCAUUCUUUCUGAAUGUGUCAUCAAUCUUCAGACUAAUUUUCAAAGUUGUCUAGAUUUUUUUUUAAAGGAAAAAUAUGUAUAUUGAUUAAGGAAGCUUUUGUUUUUUAAAUGUAUGAUGUUUCGAAAGAGUGGGUUUUUUUGUUUUGUUUUGGAAUACAUAUAGUAAUGUAGAGAUGUUAAAAGAAAUUUCUUGUGUACAGUUUAUUUAUUUUUAAUGUUUGUGUAUAGGAGGGGGGAAGCUAGAGAGUAUGCCAGAAAAAAUAUUGAAAAUGUUUACUUGAAUAUUCCUUUUACAACAUAUCAGUGUACAUAUCAACCAUGACUGAUCAAAAACAUUUUUAGCAAUAAACUCUAUCUUUGAAGAAAAACUUCCAUGAUAUUCUACACAUC